ACUCCCUGAUCAAUUUAGUUUCUUGCUCAUUAAUAUCCUCUUUGAUCAUUUAUCUUUCGAAUUCUUAUUCUAUACAACAAGAGAAAAAGAAAAUGAAUCCCUCUAAUUCAGCUGAGACGGAGAUCAGUAGUCCAACAUCGGCCUAUCAUGCCACGAUGCUGGAGGAGACCAACGCAGUGUUUUGUUCUGAAUGGAAUCAGCAGAAAUCUACACCGAUCAAGAGAAGCUUAAGCGGCAUGGAUACUAAGGUGUUCAAGGAGGCACGAGAUGGAAAUAUCGAUGCCCUUAGAGAACAUAAUGAUCAUCUUCACCAAAAAUUGACUCCAACCAAAAACACAGUCCUCCAUGUCUAUAUAGCAUGCGUAGGCAGUGCAAAGUUGACCAAGUCUGAAGAAGAAUUGUUGAAGUCAGCCGAGAUUGUAAGGGAGAUGCUUCAAAUGUCCCAGUGGUUACUGUUGCAGCCAAACGAGAGCGGUGAUACUGCGUUACACUUGGCGGCAAGACAUGGAUGUGCUGACAUAGUUGGCGUUCUUAUUCAGGCUGCAAAAGACUGGCAUGGCGACCUCGAGGAAGGUAUCUCAUCAAAGGAAUCAUGCUACCGGUUUCUCAUAAGAAGACCUAACGAGGAGAAAAACACAGCCUUGCACGAGGCAGUGCGGUUCAAUCACCUUGAUGUGGUUAAGAUAUUGACUAGGGAGGACCCCGAUUUUCGGUACUCUGCUAAUGAUGCUGGUGAAACUCCACUCUACAUAGCUGCCGAGAGGGGAUAUUACGAUUUGGUUUCUGAAAUACUCCAUACUUGCACGAAUUCAUCUUACCAAGGACCCGUUGGUUUAACAGCUUUACACGCUGCAGCUAUCUACAAUGAUGAACAAAUAACGAGAAGAUUACUUGAGACGGAAAGGACGCUAGCAAUAGCAUCUGACGACCGAGGAUUGACUCCACUUCAUAUGGCUGCAUAUAUGGGUCGCGUUUCAAUUGUGAAACAAAUACUAGAAUGUGAUAAUUCCACUGCCUACAUUGUCAACAAUUACAAGAUGACACCCGUUCAUUAUGCAGCCAUUGCUGGGCAUGUAGAUGUACUGGUGGAGCUUAUUUUCUACUGCCCUGACAGUUUCGAAUUGGUGGACCAUGAGGGUCGCAAUGCCUUGCAUUUUGCAAUUAUCAAUGAUAAACAUGGAGUAGAAGAGUUUGUUCGGAAAGAUCCAUGGCUUAGUAGCGUCCUUUUAAAUGGCAAAGAUUCUGUCGGAAACACACCUCUCCAUUAUAUUGUUACUUCUCAAAAAUACCCCGGCUUGAAAUUUAUCCAUGAUUCAAGAGUUGAUAAGAUGGCAUUCAACAAAAAAAAAUAAGAAUGCGCUAAACAUCAUUAUGGAGAGCACUGAUUGGAAGAGGAAUAAACGAGGUUUGAUAAAGUCUGGUGCAAGAUUAGGUCAACGAGUGUCAAGAGACAAAGAUGAUGACACGGAAGUCCAUGUAAAGAAAGGUGACGAAGACCCUCUAUACAAGGAAAUAAAAGAAUCUCAUUUGGUAGUGUCCACACUCAUAACAACUGUAGCCUUCGCAGCAGCUUUCACUAUGCCUGGUGGUUACCAAAGUGAAAAAGGGCCAGAUCAAGGUUUUGCUGUUCUAUCAAGAAAUGCAGCUUUCAAGGCGUUUGUGAUAACAAAUACAUUAGCCAUGAGUAUGUCCGCUUGUGCCGUCAUGAUACGCCUUUUCUCGUCGACGAAAGGGGAGGUUCUUGUAUCACAAUCAUUUGACAUCGCUCUAUCUCUUACCUCUGAUGCAAUGCAUUAUAUGUGGAUUGCAUUCCUUACCGGUACCUACGCAGUAUUAGGAGGUCAUUCAUUAGGACUAGCCAUCGCGGUUUGUUGUAUUUGCUGCCUUCAUCUUGUUUAUUUUUAUAUUGCCGUUUUUCCACGUCACAAUCAUUUUUGUGGGCGUGGCAAUCGCUCAAUGCGCAUAAUCCGCGUAUUGAGAUAUUACUUUUUUCGCAAUAUCCGUUUUUACAAUAUGAUAAAUACUUCAAAUCAUCAUUUGAAGUAUAGGUAUAACCUAACAAUGCCGAUGAAGUGAAAUUGGCACCUCUA